AUGAUGUGGGCUCCCAACGUCGGGGUCGGCUAUCCGUGGUCCACUCCCGGGGCGGCCUCCCCAACACCAAAGUCGCCUGUCGACAACUUGGUUGACUUUUCGCUCCUGGACACCAACCGCGACGGCACCAUCAAUGCUCUUGACGACCCAUACAGCCCCUUCUUUCCGGGCCGCGAGUACGUGGACUGGGUCGGCGUCUCGCUCUACUACUACAACUACGACACUUCCGAAAACACCAUCCCUGCAUCAACCUACCUCCAAGACUGGAUCGUCGGACAGGGUCUGGAGCUGCCACGCUCGUCGGCAUCACCGCGGGGGGCGACCGAGGCUCAAGUCAGGCAGUCCUUCUGGCGCCAGUCACUGGGGAGCAUCAACCAAUUUCCGCUGCUCCAGAUGGUCAUCAACUUUGAAGAGAGCAAGACCGAUAGCGGGUCCAUCGCCAAGGACUGGACGAUUGCCAACCACACUCUGGUGCGCGAGGCACUGUUUGCAGACCUGCGGCUGCCUCAGUUCGGAGGGGCGCUGGGUAUCCACCGCCGCCUGGCCAAGGAAAGACAUCCGACGCCUGUCCUGCGGCGGCGACUGCUGGCGGAAACCGCAUGGACGCCCGACACUCGAAAGGCAGCAAAGGAAGGCGCACCAGAGCCGCGGCUGCCCUGUGCCCGUCUGCACCGCGUGACUUCCCCGGCGAUCGCAAAACACCUGGCGAUCGAUGGCGUUUGGAGAGAGGAGCUGGCAGAGGAGGAGGAGAGGCAGGGAGGGAAGGGCCAGGUGAGCAAAAUCGCAAGCCCGCCAGCGACGGCGUCUCGACAAGCACGUUGCUGGCCUGUUGAGCCGUGGCUGGAGGCCCUCAGCGAGCGCCUGGCGGCUCCACUUGCUGCGAGCCAGCAGGCCAGCGCCGGCGUGGGAAACGCUCGAGGGACAGGCGUCAGUGUCAAUGGAAGCAGUUGCCUGGACAGUGUCGACUUCUGCAUCGGCCUCUGGAUUGACAUCCGCAUCUUGAGCAACAUCGGCCUCGAGCCAGCCGGUCCUGGUCGCGAGUGCCUGGCACAGCGUGCUCCCAGCUCGACAGAGCGCGGAUAUGCAGGCUCGGCCCAUUUCUGA